CUGGGCUGCAGUCAGGCCGCCUUUGCACCAUGACACCCCAGCUGCUCCCCCUGCUGCUGCUGCUCCUGGCCGGGCUCCCCGCCGCACGGCCGGCUCCUCCGACCUGCUACUCUCGGAUGCUGGCCCUCAGCCGGGAGAUCACCUCUGACUUCCAGAGCCUGCAGGCCACGGAGCCCUUGGAGGCAUGUGUGAGAUACCUGCCCAGGCUGUAUCUGGAUAUACACAAUUACUGCGUGUUGGCCAAGCUGCGGGACUUUGUGGCAUCAUCCCAGUGCUGGAAGGUGGCCCAGGUGGACGCCUUGAAGGACAAAGCGCGGAAACUGUACACCAUCAUGAACUCGUUCUGCAGGAGAGAUUUGGUGUUCCUGUCGGAUGACUGCAAUGCGUUAGAAUACCCAAUCGUAGUGACCACGGUCCUCCCGGAUCAUCAGAGCUAAGGCAGCUCAGACCAGAGACAGAACCUGGGGGAAUGAAGUUAUGUCAGCUGCCCAGACACAACAGGCUAAAGCCGUGGCCCCCACAGCUCUGCUUGAAACUGUCACGAGUUUCUCUCCGCCUUCUGGAAACCACAGCUUGUGCUCCUACCUUGGAAUCAAUUCUGAACAUAAUUAGAAGCUUUGCUUCUCAUCCCCCCCUUGUUCCUUUCUUGCCAGGAUGGUUAGAUACACAAGCAUGUUGAUUUGAUCACUGAGAAGAAAAGGGCAAACCAGCUUCUCUCGUUUGAACAGUCAGCUUGAGACCAAGCAAAACAGUAUGCUUGUAGCACUACUUUAACGGCGUGGUGGUGCCAUUUUUCUCUCUUGAUAGAAACCUGCUUACAUUUAACCAUGCUUCUAUUUUAUACCUUCUUCAACUACAAAUGUUCCUUACAGUUAGCUUUCAUUUUUAAAAAGAAAUUUCACUGCCUGUAAGAUGUAUUUGUAAGGUUUGUAAUGACAUAGUGCUGACGGGAACCACUCUAUCAUUGAAAGGUGAUGAAAAUCAAAUAAAGACUAUCACGACGGUGAGAAA